AUGGAUCUGCUCUCUCAGGCUGUCGACUCGAUUCUUGCCUCCACGCACAUGGAUGCGGUCGACGCCCUUCGAGCUUUCUUCGUCUUUGCAACCUGCACGACCCUGUCUAUCAUCGCCUUGCCAGAGUCGCUUCGAUCUCGUUUCGUGGCCUAUGGCGCCCGUGCAACUUCAACCUCCUCCGGCGCCGAGUCGGAGACCCUUCCGCAGCCUUCGAACAGCUCACUUGGGACGCGCGCUCUCGACUAUUUAGCCUCUUUCCGAGUUCCCCACAGUUACUUCAUUCAAUUCUACGUUGCUUCCAUCCUGUCGUCGAUCUUCUGGGCCCUCCAGCUGUUAUUUCAAGGUGUUGCGUUCCAGGCCAUAGCAACACGAGUCAGCCAAGAGCAUCUGCAAAAUUCCAUGUCAAUACACCAGGUCAUGGUAUCCUGGGUAUUGAUGGUCAUCCAAGGUUCACGACGCCUGCGUGAGUGCUUUGAUUUCUCCAAGCCCUCUUCGUCCAAUAUGUGGUUUGUUCACUGGCUUUUGGGCCUGUCUUUUUAUCUCGCAGCUUCAGUUGCAAUCUGGAUUGAGGGGACAGGUGCAAUCCAGUCUCAUAAACUGACGAUGGACGAUUUCAAGAUGUCAAACGCCCCCUCCCUGCGGACUUUCCUUUGCAUUCCCAUUUUCUUGGUUGCAUCUGGUCUUCAACACGACUGCCAUCACUAUUUGUUCUCACUCAAGAAAUAUAGCCUCCCUGAUCACCCACUUUUCCGCACCAUCGUAUGUCCGCAUUACACGGCCGAAUGCAUCAUAUACUUGUCGCUGGCUCUGAUUGCUGCUCCACCAGGAGAGAUGGUCAAUAAAACACUGCUAUCGGGUCUGGGUUUUGUUGUAGUCAACCUAGGCAUUACUGCCUCAAACAGCAAAGACUGGUACAUGCAAAAGUUCGGCGCGGAUUCGGUGCGGGGAAGAUGGAAGAUGAUCCCUGGGAUAUACUAA